AAUAAUUAGCCUUGUGAUGUCGGGCGAUGUCAGAGUAAAAGAAGAGCCGAUAGACUUCGAAUGUUCACCAUUUGAACUACUCAACGAGAUAGGACAGACUGAUGACAUCACGACUCCAAAUAAUGACGUCACAAGCCGUAAUGAUAACGUCACCACCCGUAAUGAUGACGUCACAAGAUGUAAUGAUGACGUCAAGAGUGAAUUAACUGGUGAUCACUCUGCACCUGUUAUAAAACAGGAGUAUGAAGUUGUCGUAAAAACUGAGAUAACAGUCGGGGCUGAGGACAAUGAAGAGUGCUCGUUACUCCACCAAACACCACGUGAUUACAGCGAAUCACGUGGUCUCCAAACCAGGUCACGUGAUUUAUCCACAGAACAAACAGAACUAUUUGCUGACCCAGAUAGAAUACCAGCACCUCUGGAAAGCGUUGAAGACAUGGAACAAGAGGAGAACAUUGAUCAGGCUGAGGGGUUCAUGACAAUGAAGAUGGAAUUACCAGCAAAGUAUAAGACACUUUUUGAUGGCGUUAAGGCGUUUCCAGAGAUGGCAAAGGAGAUUCUGCCCAUUAUAGAGGAGCUAGUUCAUUUUCACAACUGCAUUUGUUUACUAAGACGAGAUCUGAAUCUGUCCCGAUGUGAGGAUUGUGGGAGAGGGUUUGCAGCACCAAGCAGGGUUAAAGUACACGCUCGACAUUGUGUAAUACAGAAACUUGAAAACAGAUUCGCUCCUGCCAGUAUUACCAAACAUAUCGGACCUGCUGCAGUCCCCGAGGAAACUAAGUCUCCUGCCACAACUCGAAGUGAAACCGAAAGUAAAUCAAUCGAAAGUGAAAGGAUUGUGCCGGAUGAUAAUGUUAACCCAUCAAGAAAAACGAGGAGUAGACAAGCAUGUGAUCCAGAUUAUACCCCUGAUACUCUGAGAACUCAGAAGCCUGUCAAAAUUAAGGACGAGACAUUGAGUUUUCACGUCAUGACCGACCUAGUGACUGGUGAAAUGAAAAUAGAUAAACAAGGUGGAUCUACACCAAAAGGAAAAAGAAAACGUGCCAGAAAGCUUAAAGAAGACCGUGAGUUCGAAAAGGGAACAUGUUGGGGCGUGCCCAGCAAGACAGAGUCAUGUAGGAUAACCAGAGUUGUGGAACAUAACCAGUUCAACCACAAGAAGAUACCUCCUUACCAUCUCUUUAGAUACUCGGGCGAGGUAUUAUACCACACUGCAAUCCCCCUUCCACUCAACUACCAAGGUACUGCACGUAACGUCUUCAACACCAUGAUAAGCAGUAUUGUCGAGGUUGGGAAACUCAUUCCCAUUACUAAAGGAAGGCGCCAAUACAUGCAAGUGCUACAAAAACAAGAGAAAAUACCGUUACCGGACCUUGAACUGCUCCCUGCUCCCAGCAAACCAACCAAAAAAGCCAAAAGAACCCACGUGCCAUCUUCUCCUGUAACAACUGUUCCCCAGGAUCGACCACCAUUCAGAAAGAUUAAAAUUGUGUGCACUCCUACACCCUCUCCUAAUGCUAAACCUCUUUAUUCAAACCAACAAAUACUUCUGAAAUCUCCCCUUUCAGACAGCGGCGAGGUUGUUUAUCGUGGCAGGAGAACUAAAUCAGUACCUAAACCGAUGGGGGGUCCAAUCAAAAAGAAAGUGAAUCCAGGGAUGAAUUUCAAUAUUGGUGCUAAUCUUAAUUUCAGCAAAGGAAAGGACUCGUCCAGAAGCAAAGCAACCUCAGGAGAUCUUUACAGAGGCCAAAGAGUCGGCCCUGGAAGUACAACCCUACAAAAUCAACGUGUUUCAUCACACUUUGACAUGUCCCAAAUGGAGGACGACCCAUUCGCAUUACAGAACAAGGAUGCUACAAGAGACUUUCUGAAAGAGAGACUGAGGGGAUAUCUGAGUGAGGAGAAUUGUCAAGAGAGUUAUGUGCUGGAGGAACAUACCGUCAUGUUUCUGAAGAACUUCAUGAGCGAUAAGUUCAUAAACUCGCCAUCAGUAAGGAACAGAGUCGAGAAGAUUCUAAAGGGGAUCCAAGAUACUAUCCCAGAUAAUCCUGUAAAGCGGCUGGCCAUUAAGAACUCUAGAUCCAAGUUAGCAGACAUUAUUGAUCAGCCGGACUAUGCUAAAGUCUAUAAUCUGGAUGAUGAAGCGGUGAGGUUUAUGGAGGCUUUUGCGUUUGGUGUGGCUAAUCCUUGUCAGAGAGAUGUUGAAAAGGCUGAGGAGAUAUUGAGAGUAGUUGAAGUAAGAGGUUUGAGGAAUGUCUUGAUAAAUCUAACAGCAACCCAUGCUCCUGUGGUUCAUUCAUUCGACCUUUCAACUCGAAUUUUCAUCGACAAUUUUGUGUCUCGAGUUAGGCCCGACAAAAUGCAUCUAACAGAUUUGACGAAACUGAAACAAAUUAUUAAACAACUGAAGGAUACAAAAAGUUCAAAUCCAAUCGCAGACCAUUGCCAGGAUAUAGAAUCAACUUCGAGCAAAGAAGCAGGCACUAAGAGCUCAUAUGAGAAGCAAAAAGAACUGCUAAUGAACGACACGAUCAAUGAAUCUGAUCUAUCAUCUCCAGAGAUAAUGAGAUCUUAUAAUGACGAUUGUUCCACCAUAAUAUCACCUCCUGAUUUAUCGAUAUCGUCCCAACCCUGCACUGAUCUGAAGUGCCCUGAGGUUAUACUAGACGAGACUGAUGAAGAAAACCAAGAUGGAAUCCCAGCGAAUGAUUUUAACCAUAGUGAUUGCAGUGGUGCGGAAGGAAAGGAAUCUUCUUCUUCUUUCUGUAAAUUUGCAGACCUUGGGAUAAUAGGGCUUGUCAAAAAUACGGCUCCCAUUACCAAUGAAAAUACAUCUGAAGAAUGUGAGGAUGUCAACGACUCGAGCAUUAGAUUUUAUGUCAAAAGUAGUGAGCUGAAAGAUGUUGACUUUUUGAGUUUCUGCUCUGUCUUUUCGAAUAAACUCAAAGAUCUUGUAAAAGAUUUAAUCGAGUCUAAAGAAAUUGAAAAAGGAUUGCUUUUGCUUGCUUCAGAUGGAGAGUCUUUUGAGUCUAUUUUCAAAAAACAUAGCCAUCCUGUUCUCUCUAUGAUUUCAGCAUUUGGUAUAUUCUCUACAAUGAAGUUCGAUAAGAGGAGAAAAUCGUGUUGUACUAAAAUUAUUGAUUUUAUCAAAGACCAAGAGUCUGUUAUCGCGCCUCUGAUACAAACCAAUUUCGCUGAAACUCUAUUUUCUAGCUGGAGAAAGGUUCCUUCAAUUUAUCGAAGAUUUUGCUCGGCCAUUGAUGAUGUGUUAGAUGAUUUUAUUACGAAGAAGUCUCCUAACUUAUUAGCCUAUUUGAGAGCCCGUGUAAGAAACAGCAGCGCAUUUGUAGAAAUGAGUGUCUCUGAAAGAUCUCUUAUCUAUAGACUAUUCUAUAUGAUAGAUAGUUCAGAAACACAAAAGAUGGUCACCACACGAAUCACUAACUUGAAAAGAACUCUGAUGCUGCUAGAAAAAUAUACAUUCGAUCUGGAUCCAAUUUUUCAAAGUCGUGAAAUGUGCAAACAAUUAUUACAAGAAAAAGGGCUCGAAAAACUUGCCCCAACUGUAGAAGGAAAUCAUGUUGAUGUUGAUGUUUCCACGCCCGUCAACGAGGAGCAUCUAUCGAGUUUACGCAUGUUCAUGCGCCAAACCAUGACAGACAUUAAAUUCGUUGAAAAGAUAAAUGUAAAUCAGACAAUAUUCCUGAGGAAUUUUGUGGACGGUCAUCUGUUGAAUAUGGAUUGGGAAAUGCAAUAUCAUCAUACCAUGGACAUCCUCAAUCAAGUUUUUGAAAAGUCUGACAAGGAUAAAGAAGAUGGUAAAAAGAAUAGCGCCGUCGAGAAGGAUAAAGAAGAUGGUAAAAAGAAUAGCGCAGACGAGAAGGAUAAAGAAGAUGGUAAAAAGAAUAGCGCAGACAAGAAGGAUAAAGAAGAUGGUAAAAAGAAUAGCGCAGACGAGAAGGAUAAAGAAGAUGGUAAAAAGAAUAGCGCAGACGAGAAGGAUAAAGAAGAUGGUAAAAAGAAUAGCGCAGACAAGAAGGAUAAAGAAGAUGGUAAAAAGAAUAGCGCAGACAAGAAGGAUAAGGAAGAUGGUAAAAAGAAUAGCGCAGACGAGGCCUCAGCUCAAAAAAAAAGCGAUUUGAAUGAAUUAGGACCUCAUACGGGGUCACAGAAAUGUAGAAUGAUAAUUGUCAAGAAAAAAAGUCCUGGUGAAAUAUUCAAUCUUCAAACUGAAGAUUUGCCCCAACCCAAUGCCGUAACUCAGUCAAAUGCUUCAAAUCAACACAUUAAAGGAGUCAUCGGAACCACUGUUAUUACGUUACCAAAAAGUGGCCCAGACAAAAGUGGGCCCAGCGAAGAAAAAACUUGUGAUCCUUGUCAAAAUAUGGCUGGCUUAGGGACUUUCGACUUUGGGCCCACUGACUGUGACCUGUCUGAGAUAACAAAUAAUUCACAGUUCCAGGCGUCUCCAAAGCGCGAGCGGUGCGACCUUAUUGGUUUAUCAACUGAUGGCACUCAUUUUAAAAAGCGACAUUACCGAAAAACGAUUGCCGAACAAUGUUCCAGUGGAUGCAUUCAAAUCGUUCAUCCGAUGUUUUCUUCAACUGUGCCUGUUCUCAUCGUUUGUAAACGCCACUACGAAAUCCUUUCCAAUGGUUUUUGUGAAAUUGAAAAGCAAUCCGGUCAUAAAUUGGUGAUUCCCUCCCGCAAUAGACAGCUACUGCAGGCACAUCCCCAAAAAACUUGGGGGAUCAACAUAACGUCAAAAAGUUCAAUAUAUCCGCGAGCUAGGGGUUUGAAGCCAGAAAGACCGACAAAUUCAGACAACCAAAUUCAACCCGCCAAACUCAUUGAAAUACUGGAAGAUCAUGUGAACCCAGAAUCUGGUCACGAUAAUAGCCCAUUGUGCUCGAGUGGAACAUCUGAUGCUGAACGGUUACUCCUUCAGCAAAACAUCAAAGCUGGAGAGAAGAUAAAAGUGUUAACCCAGACGAACAAAAAAUUAAACCAGAGAAUUGCUGAUAUCGUGGAACAAUUGCGUACUGAGAGAGAGUUGAGAACUACUGUAAAGAGCAUGUCUACCAAAUGGCAGGAUGCCAACAAGCACCUCACUCAAUCAACUAACGAACAACUGUCUCACAAAAACGAUCAAAGCAAAAAGAUGGAGGAACAUCUGGCAGAAUUUAAGAAACAGAGCGCUGAACUCCGGCUACAAAACGUGGAACUGCAGCUAAACACUCCGCAAACUAUCAGUAAACUACUAGCUGAGAUAGAGGAGCUAAAGUCCACAAACAGCAAGGUUCAGACUAUAAAUACCAAUCUUUAUCAGAGCCUGUGUAAGAAGAACGAUGCUGUCAAAUCUUUAGAGGUAUCAAUACAGAGUAUAUCAGAAGCUUUGAGAUUGCAAACUAAGACAAUCUCUACCAUGUCAAGGAAACAUUACGAUACUUUAUUAGAAGAUCAUAACAACAAGGUUUUAAGUGGAUACGAGAGUCUGGUUACUAUAACCUGCAAGAUAUUGGGAGAGCAACAAGCGAUCAACAAAGAGAAGAUAGAAGACCCAGUAAAAAUGCGGGAAAUUUGCGAGAGCGUAGCGGGAGAAGAGAACUUGUUCAGCAUCUUCAUGCGAGUAUUUUGUGGGAACAGUGUCUGUAAGGACGAAACUGAGACUGAGGCCAUCGAGAAACGAGUUUUAUUCCUGAUAAAUUUAAUGUCUUAUUUCUACAACGGGGGGAAUGAUGAAGAAGAGGAUGGACCUAGUAGCAGUAGUUUAUCAACAUUACUUUAGUUUGUUUUAGUUACUUAAUUCAAGUUGUUUUUCCUUCCCUUUUUAUUUACAGGUAAUAUGGUUAUAAAUUGAUAUUUAAAUUAUAAUAUAUAACCCGUCUUUAAGGCGAAAUUAACAGAUAUUUUAGCAACAGUGCAAUGCCAGUAACUGCAAAUAAUUUUGGAAGAUUAAUUUUUUUAUUUUAUUAUUAAACGAGUUCAAUAAUAUAAUUUAAAUAACUUUUCAGAACAUAACAGCACAUUUCUUACUGCUGAUAUUAUAGGUAGUUUGCGGCGUAAUUUGCCUUAUUUUAUUCCAGAACAUGUACUUCCUAAAAGUAUUUUGGAUCGCUUGCCAGCUGAAUUCAAUCAUGAAAUGUGAUUUGCAGUAACUUUCAAGGUCAUAAGCUGUUAUUAUUUUAUCAGGUUCAAGGACUUCACUCAUAAUUUAUUAUAAUUUUCCUAGAUAUUGCUAUGGUGGGGACAUGAGCCUUAUUAAUCUGUCACGUGACAGUCACUAACCAAUCAGCUCUCAGCAGCCACCAUUAAAAUAUUCAAAUCAACGUCACGUGUCAAGAAAAUAUGGCCUGGGUCACUAGUUUUCAAGUCUAACAACCCCUCUUGUUUUGCUUUGUUAGUUAUAUUGUUAUGUCUUAUUUUGCGAAUGAUCUUUUUAAACAUUUUAAAUUGUAAUUUAUUGAGAUUGUUUACAUUUUUAACA